GCCCUCCCCACCCCUGAAUUCUUCCCCCUUUGCAACAUACAUCUGGACAAGUGGACUUCUACUACUGGAAUACUAUAAAGAAAACCCUACAGCAUGGAUACAGCUCCAUCCUCACUCUCAAUGCCCACUAUCGGCCGGCCAUUUGGCAUCUCCUUAUGGCCCUAUUUUAAUAAGGUCUUUGAAGCUUUCGCAGGUUAUCCCGCUGAUGAAUUUCGCUUUCUGGAGGGACAGACACCAAUGUCGACUUUAAAAGAAACAGCGGCAUUUAUCUUGAUUUAUUACGUGGUUAUCCUGUAUGGACGGAGAUUCAUGCGUGAUCGGGAGCCGUUCAAGUUGAAGACAUUGUUUCUGAUUCAUAAUUUCUACCUAACUAUGUUCAGUGCGAUUUUGCUUGCACUUUUCAUCGAGCAAUUGUCUCCUAUUCUGCUUCGUGAUGGCCUUUUCUAUGCGAUUUGCAACCCUAAUGGUGGUUGGACACAGCCUUUGGUUACGCUGUACUAUCUUAACUAUUUGACCAAAUAUUUAGAACUUUUGGAUACUGUCUUUCUUUUCCUUAAAAAGAAACCACUGACUUUCCUUCACUGUUAUCAUCACGGAGCAACCGCGUUCCUCUGCUACACUCAACUCCUGGGGAACACUGCGGUCUCAUGGGUGCCCAUUACGCUCAAUCUGACGGUUCAUGUUGUGAUGUACUGGUAUUACUUCCAGUCGGCCCGGGGCAUUCGGGUCUGGUGGAAAGAGUGGGUGACUCGUCUUCAAAUUGUACAGUUUAUUCUUGGUUUAGUGUUCAUCUAUUUCGCCUCAUACACUUACUUUAUCUCCACAUACUUCCCAUGGCUACCAAACUGGGGCUCGUGUGCUGGUGAGGAAUUUGCCGCGUUUGCCGGAAUUGCAUCCAUCAGUUCAUAUUUGGUACUUUUCAUCUUAUUUUAUGUCGCUACGUACAAGAAGGAUGGCCGAGCUCCUACUGCUCGCAAAGCUGUACGACGCAUGUCGCAGGCCCCCAUUCCCGACCCUCAUCUUGCCGAGGGACACGGCAGACCCACUGGGACUACGAGGAUCGAGGCAAAAUAUCGAGCGAAGGUGUGACUUGGAUGUUUCCUAUGGUAUUAUGCUUUUAUCAUGCUAGAUGAAAGGAUGUUGGAGUAGUGUUAUAUAUUAGCAGCAGCUAAGAAAGUGAAUAAAAC